AUGCCAAGAAUAAUUCUUGAAUCCCAUUCAAAGCCAGCAGAUUCGAUUUUUCUUCAGCCAUGGAUAAAAGCAUUGGUUAAAGACAAUUCUGAUCAACACCGUCCUUCUGAGCGUGUGAUUCCUUCUCUGACAAGGCAAGACUUGUUAGUCCCGCACAUGAGCGCACAAAUCCUGACCAAUCCAUGUCAUUUUACCAAAAUUACAAGAUUCUAUGAUGUUUCCAAUUAUAAAGUGUGUGCAUCCAUAAGGGAUUCUACGCAUCAAAUACUUGUUGAGUUUUCUGAGGAAUGCGUAUCUGAUUUUGAAAGAAGUCAUAACUGUAGGAUUACAUCUGAAACGAUAAAUUGCUUAAUGAUCAUUGGUGAUGCUGAUUUAAUAUAUGUAACAAGUAAUCAAGUGAUGGCUCGUUUUAAGAUCCGUGUAAGCAGUAUUUCACCCAAUGAGAUACUACCUGUUCUUAAAAUAAAUCAGACCACAAUAUUUGACAUCGACCAAGUCGGGUCCUUGAGUACCUUUCCUUUCGUAUAUAAGUUUUUAUAA